AUGUCAGUACCCACACUUCCACAGCGCUUACAUUUGGAAUCUCAACCCCAAAAGUUGCCUCCGCCACCCCAGUUAAUCAGACCUUCUAGGGGGCACGACGCUACCACUGCUCUCGACCAAACUACCAUUCUACUAUAUUUAUUAUUACCAGAAUUACCCGGCGUUAAAAUAGGGCUGAAAAAACUAGCUGGUGUUUUAUUUGAUGAUAUCGGGGACCACCUCAAGACUUCCGGAAAAUGGCCGUUAGUUAUAGAUGAAACUGGUCAAGCCGCUACAUUUUUAAAAUAUCGAGAUUGUAACUGUCUGAAUACUCUAGAAAAGAUCGAUAUGGAGCCAGAAAGAUUGAGAAAAGCUUUAAUUGGAUCUCUCAGGUUUGGUAAACCGUUUGUAAUAGAUAUGAUGGAUGCUGAUAUGUUUCAACUGGUAACAGAAAGACUGGACGAGAUACAGAAAGGUUUGAUGGAUUCUAUUCUAGAUAGGAGUAUACUCAACGAGGACAAGUAA